AUGGCUGAAGUAUUUUAUAAUGAUGUAACCGAAGAUUUUAAAAAAUUAUAUGAAACUAGAGAAGAUUAUGAUGCGAUUAUAAUCACUGGAAAAGAACCAAAUAUUAAAGAAAUUUAUGUCCAUUCUUUAAUCCUUCGUACUAGAUCUUCAUAUUUUCAUAGUGCAUUUUCUUCUAGUUGGGCUAAAAAAACCGAUGUGGAUUUUAAAAAUCAAGAAAAAAAUAUUAUCUUGGAACUUUUAGUCGCUUCAGAUGAACUUGGAAUUCAAAGACUUAUUAAUUAUAUUCAAGAAUUUUUAAUUCAAAAUUGUUAUAAAUUUUUACAGUAUGAUCCUAUUAAAAUAUUUGAAAUUAUUGUCUGUUAUGAAUCAUUCGAUAAACUUAAAAAAGUUUCUCUUGAGACCUUUACUAAAAAUUGUCAAGACUUUUUACAAAAAGAUAUUGUUAAAAUACUUCACUUAAUUACUCGUCAUAAAGCACUAGACAAUAUUAAAGAAGUUUUAUUAGAGACUAUUUGUAAAAAUCCUUAUUUACUUUUUAAUUCAGACGACUUCCUUUCGUUAGAAGAAGAUAUGCUUAUAUCUAUUCUUAAAUGUGAUAAUCUCAAAAUGAAAGAAUGUGCCAUUUGGAAACGACUAAUUGAAUGGGGAAUUGUUCAAAAUCCAACACUUAAUAAUAAAGUGGCAAACUUUACGUAUAAAGACUUUAAUAAAUUAGAAAAGACAUUACAUGAAUUAAUUAAACACAUCAGAUUUCAUCAAAUGGAUCGGGAAAAGUUCAUGCUUGAAGUAUGGCCAUUAAGACACCUUCUUCCUGAUAAUCUAAUAGAGGAUAUAUUACGUUCUUAUUUGGUUUCAGAUGCCGUACCACUCUACAACAAAUUUCAG